AUGCAAAUUGACGUGGAUUACCAAAAUAAUCGCCAACCAAACGACAAGAACGAAAUGCAGGCCAACCAAUUUGCAGAACAUCCGUUCAAACCAUGGAUUCUGGAAGGAGAGGAUUGGGUAGGGAGGGCAGCUCAAGAAGCAUACCUAGCUGGUGGAGUCUACACGUUCAUCAUUCUGUGUUUAAUAUCAAUGUUCGUAUGCAUGGUGUAUGGGUGCCAGAAAAUGAUACGUGCACGCAGAGCAGAAAUUAAACACUCGAAGAAGUCUCAAGAAGUUAACGGCGGAGACUUUCCAACCGACAUGUCUGCAGCCAAACGAUAUUCUGGUGAUAGAGAUGAAAAAGGAAAUGAAUCUCCGGUUCUCCAAAAAGGAAUGAAAUACAUGCCACAGAUUGAUGUCUCCUCCGAAAGUCUUGGUCAUGAAAUAACUUCCUCACAAACAUUUUUUUUCGGACAAAAAUAA